GGAGUCAGCUGAUGGGGGGGAAAAAAAGAGAGAAAACAGUAAGAGAGAUGAGGAGGUAGAGGAGGAGGGUGCGCGAGGCUGUUGAAGCAGCAGGAAGGGGGCUGGGCCUCUCUGACAAUGCUCCGAGCCAAUAAGGACUUUCGCAAUGCCAACUUUGAUCUGUGGACUUUAUGUUCAGGGUGCAGCGUGAAGGCAGUUUAGCUCUGGCUGCUUGUAAGAGGACACAAAACGCAUGGUGAGUUUGUUUUGAGGCGGUCACCAGCAAGGGAGCCGACAUGCAGAAUGUACCGGAGGAGUGGAGGGAAGGACAAGAGGAGGGAGGAGGAGGAGGAGAUGGGAGGAUGGGAGAGAUGUUAGUGAAGAGGAAAGUGGAUUCAGAGAGGAAGAAGAAUGGAGGUGAAGAGGCGGAGAAGGAGUCACUGAUGAUGGAGCUGACGAGGCUGGUGCAGAAGAUGGUGAAAGAGAGCAGCUGGUGGGAGAGGAGAGGGAUCGAUUGCAGCAUCCUGGCAGCAGCAUUCCUCUGUCUGCCGCCUGCCUUCCUGCUGCUGGGCUCCUCUCAGGUUCUGUACUUCUUAGCAGGCAUGCUGCUGAUGGCCAUGGCUCAUGGUGUCAUCACAUUCAAAGGGACACAUCUGGCCAGCCACGGGUCUCUGAGCGAGUCGCAGACCUGGGGGAAGUUUUGGGCCGUCUUCUUCAUCGAGAUCUGUGGCUCAUUCUCAGCGCAAGCCGGUGUUCAAGGCCACAUUAAGAUGCAUCAUGCUCAUACUAAUGUCAUUGGACUGGGGGACUCCAGCGUAUGGAAGGCCCCCUUCCUGCCUCGCACUGUCUACCUGUUCAUAGCUCCCCUGGCCGUGCCUAUCAUCACUCCACUUGUUGCACUCGCUCACCUGAGAGGACAAUCUCUGGCUCUCGUGGCUAGGACCGUCUUGUUGGUAACACUGGGCCUGUAUUCUCAGUACUGGCUGCUGAUCCACGUCUCCGGCUUCCUGUCGCCUCUCAGCGCUCUGCUCUGUAUGCUUGCAUGCAGAGCAAUGUUCUCUGUGCCGUAUAUCCAUGUCAACAUUUUCCAGGUGAGAAAUACCUACACCAUGCCUGCUGUAACCUACCUAUGUUCAGUAUACAUUCUCAAUCAAGAACAACAGUCAAAACACAUUGGCCUCCACAUGUUCUCUUCGACCAACCGACCAAAGAGGAUCUACCAGAUGACCCACGGGGUCCUGAACCUGCCACGUAACCCCCUGCUGGACUGGAUGUUUGGACACUCCCUAAUCAACUGCCACGUGGAGCACCAUCUCUUCCCCUUCCUGUCUGAUAAUAUGUGUCUAAAGGUGAAGCCUGUUGUGUCCAAGUAUCUGACUGAAAAGCAGCUUCCGUACCAGGAGGACGGCUACCUCUCUCGUCUGCACUUUUUCUUCCACAAAUACCAGGACCUGAUGGUGUUUGCCCCCCCGAUCACAGAGCUGGUGGGAGUGCAGUGAAGGAGAAAAACUAUUCAGACUAAUAACUGCUGCUGAUCCAAAGCACAAGCUUCAGUGUUUGAGGGUUACACCCUCCAUGAUCCAGGUGUGAAGUCUCUGUCAUACAGAAUACGUUUGAAUCAAUUACAUAUUAUUUACAUAUUACAUGUAGUUUGAUAUUAGGAGCUUAAUCAAUGAUUGUUAAAAAAAAACCAAUCCUUUCAUGAACCUAAGGAAUGUUCUGCACUUUUAGAGGUCAUUUAAUAAAUAGCACAACGAUAAGCCUUAAACCAAAAGCUGACCGGAUUAUGUUUAAGUACAUUAGAUGGUUUCAAACUGCCUCCUAUAACUCCAGAUCUAGAGAUUCAGAGGAUCACAUGUUAUGAGACAUGAUCCCACUGGGAGAGGAAUUUAUUGUAGCGGUAAAAACUAACGAUCAAUUAAGGUAAAAGUUAAGCACAAGAGUAGUAUAUUAAAAAGAGUAAUAGAGAUACAAUAGUGUUAUGUUGUUGUCAAUGCAAAUGUUCAAUUUGCUGUGUCCUCAGCUGCUCGACUGUAGUUACAGUACACACACACACACACACACACACACACACACACACACACACACUCUCUCUCUCUCUCUCUCUCUCUCUCUCUCUCUCUCUCUCUCUCUCUCUCUCACACACACACACACAGGUGCCUCACUGUGUUUGUUUUCCUGAUAAUAAAUUUGAACAUGAAUUUUCAUGAAUUACACAUUGUU